UGGCAACUGCGCCCGAUUGAAAUCCAUUGGCGCAGUGCGCAGACCAUAACCUCCAGCAAUAGUGAUUAGUGACAGGUCGUAAAGGUGAAAAUAGGCCCCAUUUGCCGUUGGAACAAUGGGGGAUUCCGAGCUGGAAGAGUUGCGGAGGCGGCGCUUGGCCGAGAUGCAGGCCAAAUAUCAGGGCGGGCAAACGGAGCCGGGGGCGCAGCGCGCCCAGGAGCAAAAAGCCAAGGAGCAGGAGGAGGUGAAGAACUCGAUCCUGUCGCAGGUGCUGGACCAGAACGCCAGGGCUCGAUUGAACACGCUGAUGCUGGGCAAGCCCGAAAAGGGCCAGAUGGUGCAGGCGAUGCUGCUGCGGAUGGCGCAGUCCGGCCAGAUUGGCGCCCGCAUCGGCGAGAAGGAGCUGAUCGGGCUGCUGGAGAACGUGAGCGCCCAAACGCGCAGCAAAACCACCGUCAAGUUCGAUAGGAGACGGGCGGCCCUCGACUCGGACGAUGAUGAUUUUUAGGCCGAUAUGGCAUGAAUAAAUGCAUUUUUUAGAAAAUAAA